GUCAAUAUAAUUUUUCAUAACAUUUGCAUAGAAUUUCAUUUGUGGCGGUAAAUAUAAUAGUAAUGAUCAUUAAUAUUAAAAUGAAACUCUGAUGGCAAUGAGCUAAAACCAUCGUUAAUGAUUACCUGAUGUUAUCUCGGAUAAUAUAUUUGUACAGAGAACAGCAAAACAUGUUAUAUGGUUUCAAACACCUUAGCAAAAUUGAGAAGACUUGAGAACUUGUGCUUACUGAGAGUGUCUCCUGUCUCCGAAUUUAUAUUGGUAUGAAAUAAUACUGGUGCAAUGCUGGGGCUUCAGUAUCAUAGUGUUCAAUCUUUCUUCAAAGGAAAUCGAGAACAUUUGCAUACAAAUUUUUCGUGCCUGAGAAAUCAUUGAAAUGCAAAACACUUGAGGCAGCAACUUCUAGAAGAUUCGGAUCCAACGAGCUCAUCAGUCCAGUAAAAGAUAAGUGUUUCUUGACUCGACACAUAUCAUGGCAGACGGCGAUGAAAAAUCCUUCAAAUGCGAUAUCUGCGACAAGCAUUUUCCUUUGGAGGCCUCUCUCACCCUACACAAGUUGGCACACAUCGACGCAAAAAUAUUUGAAUGCGAAGUUUGUCAGCAAAAAUUCGUCACCAGGCAGAGCCUGACCAAACACACCAUUUCACAUGGCGUCGUGCAAACCUUCGAAUGUGAAAUCUGCAACAAAAAAUUUGCCAACAAGCGCAACCUAACCGACCACAGUAUCCUGCAUACCGGCGAAAAACCCUUCGAAUGCAAUGUUUGCGGCAAGAAGUUUCCUCUGAGGAAGUACCUGAAAGUGCACAAUGUAGAACACACGGGUGACAUGCCAGAGUGUGGAAUCUGCCAUCAGAAAUUCGCCACUAAGCACAACUUGAACAGACACAGCAUCCUGCACACCGGUGUGAAAUCCUACGAAUGCAAUGUUUGCGGCGAAAAGUUUCCGUUCAAGAGGUACUUGAAACUGCACAAGAUUGAACACGUAGGCGAUAUGCCGCAAUGUGAGAUUUGCCAUCAGAAAUUCACCACGAAGCAUAACUUGAACAGACACAUAAUUCUGCACAACGGAGACACACCUUUCGGAUGCGAUAUAUGCCACCAAAGGUUCGCUUCCAAAAGGAACUUGAUGCAGCACUAUAUCGCACACGCAGCUAGAAAACAAUACGAGUGCAAAAUUUGCAACUUCGUAUUUGAAUCCCAAAACGACUUGAUAGAACAUAGCGUCGAGCACGUUCAGGGAAAACUAUUUGAGUGCGAAAUUUGUCAUAUGACAUUCCCUCUGAAAAGGUACCUGAAACAGCACAGUUUCGAACACUUUGGUGGCAAGCCGGAAUGUCAAAUUUGCCAUAGACAGUUCGCUACGGAGCAGAACUUGAAUAGACAUACCCUUUUGCACAGCGGGGAAAAACCUUUUCAGUGCUACAUUUGCCGCAAACAGUUUUCCUCCAAGGCGUACUUGAUACAGCACAAUGUGGUUCACAUCGGUGGAAAACCUUUCGAAUGCGAGGUUUGCCAUAAAGUGUUCAAGCGGAAGAAUUCUUUGGAUGUCCAUAAGACGGCUCACAUCGAUUUGAAACAGUUGGAAUGUGUUGAACAGAAAUUGGUCGUUAAGGAAGAACCGCGGGAAGAACUGCCUUUUCCCAAUGAAUCGCACUCAGUGGAAAGUGAAUCUAACCUUGAAGUGGUGGCAAAUAAAUCCCGGGUCGAAUUUGAAUAUCGAGAUGUUAACAUCAAACAAGAAGACAAUAAUCACUGACCAUCGAAUUGAAGAGAUUUUGUUUUUUCUCACUAAAGAACGAUGAUUAUUUGAAUAUCCAUUGGUUUCUUGAUCAUUUGUAUAUGUUGCGAACUUUUUCUGCAAUCAAUGUCUGUUGUCUUUUUGAUCAUGUAAUUGUGUAAUUCAAAAUUGAUAGAUAUACACUGAGUGCAAGAUUUUAGUCCAGUGGAAAAUUAUAUUAUACACCAU